AUGGACAGAGCGGUGCCAUACGGCGCUAUCGAUGGACAGCUCGAUGCCGCUCCCGUAAUGUCAAGGCAUAAAGCAGUAAGGGACUCCACGCUUGUGCCAUCAUGCACGAUAACAACCGACUGCGAUCUGGCCUGCACGGAUGCAAAAUUGCCUUCCAAACGAGCAGAAGAAUCAGAGCCGCUCCGGCAGUUUUGGACAAAAUGGGACAUUUUCUGCAAAUCGUGUAAGGAUAAUAAUCGCUUGGCUGACGAACUCGAGGUCCGAGCGCUGCUUAUGCAGCUUGUUGCCACGAUAUGCGUGGCAUGUACAGUAGGCGACUCGCUACUCAUACUCAGCACAGACCUUGCUACCGAUGGAACAAUGACACCUACUAGCGGUCAGGAAGAUCGUGCCACGCGUGUCAAACAAGGAUAUUUCAACAUUGAGGAGGAGAUAGUCGCUCGCUACGGUUCCCAACGCGUUUCUGCUGGCCAUUUCAACACCAAGAGGAAGAUCCUGCGGGCCCUAGCACUACCGACACUACCCCAUGACGGUGUCCCCGCCGCUCAGCCGAUUACUUUCUUAACGGGUCAACAAAUUUUCCAACAGGUUGUUGCUUCUGCGAACUGUGAACAUCCCUUCACCGCGGUGGCUAGGUGUUUGAAUGGCCCCAAACUCAAAACGUCCCCCUCCCAAAAGACGGGUAAAGUUUCUCAUGCCCUCUCGUCCACCGCAAUCACAACUCUCCGGACACUAAAAUAUAGGCAGCCUGCUUCUUCAUCAUACCUCGCGGCCUCGCAUCGCCGCUCGUCCGUUGUCUGGCCCACAUGUUCUCUUCGCGCGGGCAUGCCCGUUCAUUGCAUCAACCAUGAAACAUAUGUACUUUGGGACCCAUAUUCUUUGCCGUUCAUAGACACCCUCGAUGCGAUCACCCUCUUCAUAUCCUCACCCUGGCGUCUUGAAUGUGGAUCGGGAUCCUCCGCGUUUAGGAAGAUCACCGCCCAGUGGAUGACGUUCUCACGUGCUCUAUUCUUAGCACACGUUGAUGCUGAUACGGCGUUGUUUUCGAAAAUCCCUGAGCCUCUCGCAGCCGACAGGCUUUCUGCGAGCCCGAAUGUUUCUCGAGACUCUCCUCAACUUCCAUUCCUGCCCGCACCACCCGUUCCUUGA